CCGCGAGACGGCGGGAAGGGGUGGGGGGCGCCCGGGAGGGGGCGGGCCGCAAGGUCGAGUGACGGCCUGCCUCACCUAUUCCGGGCGCGGGUUGAGCCCCACAGCCAAUGGGCGGGGGCGGGGGGCGGCCCGGCCGGCGGGGAGGGGGGAGCCCGCGGCAGGGGACGCGGGGGGAGGAGGAGGCGGGCUUCCAAUCCGGUUCCAUCCGGUUCUCCCACCGCCCCCGCUGUGGGGUCUCAGCAGCUCGGGCGGCGGGAGGAGUGGCAGCGGCCAGGCAGCCCAGUUUCGCGAAGGCUCACGGCGCGCCGCGGCCCGCAGGCAUCCGGCACGCGCCUUCCCCGCCGCCAGGAUGCCCAAGAGGAAGGUCAGCUCCGCCGAAGGGGCCGCCAAGGAAGAGCCUAAGAGGAGAUCGGCGCGGUUGUCAGCUAAACCUCCUGCCAAAGUGGAAGCGAAGCCGAAAAAGGCAGCUGCGAAGGAUAAAUCUUCAGACAAAAAAGUGCAAACAAAAGGGAAAAGGGGAGUAAAGGGAAAACAGGCCGAAGUGGCUAACCAAGAAACUAAAGAAGAUUUACCCGCAGAAAACGGGGAAACGAAAACUGAGGAGAGUCCAGCCUCUGAUGAAGCAGGAGAGAAAGAAGCCAAGUCUGAUUAAUACCGUAUACCAUGUCUUACCAGUGGUCCCUGUCUCCCUUCUUGUACAAUCCAGAGGAAUAUUUUUAUCAACUAUUUUGUAAAUGCAAGUUUUUUAGUAGCUCUAGAAACAUUUUUAAGAAGGAGGGAAUCCCACCUCAUCCCAUUUUUUAAGUGUAAAUGCUUUUUUUUAAGAGGUGAAAUCAUUUGCUGGUUGUUUAUUUUUUGGUACAACCAGAAAAUAGUGUGGGAUAUUGAAUUAUGGGAGGCUUUGACUGUCUCGGGUGCCAGCUUAACAUUCCAUAGAUGGGGGUUAGUUUUUAUAUCCUAUAAUACAAAGCAUAUUAAAUGGCAAUAUGGAGUCAGUCCUGCAUUUAAUGUCUUGAAUAUUUUAUUUUACUUCUAUUCUCAUGUUUUUUAGUAGAAUUGUUUUCUAAAGAAAACCACUCCUUGAUCAUGGCGCUCCCUGUCAGAAUUGUGUGCACUCUGUAACAUCUUUGGUUGUGGUAGUCCUGUUUUCCUAAUAACUUUGUUACUGUGCUGUGAAAGAUUAUAGAUUUGAAUAUGUAGUGUACAUGCUAUUCAGUUGUGAACUGGUGGGCCAUAUGUAACAGCUGACCAACAUGUGAAGAAACUGGUACUUGAUAGCCUCUUCAGGAAAAUUUCCUUCCAAAUUUUAAGCUGGAAAGUCACUGGAAUAACUUUAAAAAAGAAUUACAAUACAUGGCUUUUUAGAAUUUCGUUACAUAUGUUAAGAACUGUGUACAAAUUGAAAUGUCUGUACUGGUCCUCAACCAAUAAAAUCUCAAUUAUGAAAAUA